AUGGGUAGAGCAAAGAUAGAGAUAAAGUAUAUUGAGAACACACCUAAUAGACAAGCAACUUACUCAAAGAGAAGGUCAGGGAUUAUGAAGAAAGCUCAUGAACUAACAGUUCGUUGUGAUGCUCAAAUCUGUGUCACCAUGUUUUCUAGUACUGGAAAACUUCAUGAAUAUGUCAGUCCUUCUACUACAUUGAAGGAGUUUGUUGAUAGGUAUCAGAGGGAGACUUGUAGAGAUCUAUGGGAAGCUGAACACGAGGCGUUGGAAGAAGAAUUGAUAAUGCAGCAGGAGAUUGGAAGUAGACUAAAGAAAGAGAUCAGGCAGAGGACUGGACAAGAUGACUUAAGUGAAUUAAGCAUUGAAGAACUGGGCGGCCUUGAGAAGGAUUUGGCUGGGUCUUUGAAAAUCCUUCGCGAAAGGAAGGAGCAUGUGUUGACCAGUCGGACCAAUAUCUUCGGCCGAAAAGUUAGAUGCCUAGAGGAAGCACGGAAACGUCUCCUACGCUCAGUACAUGCUAAAAAAGUGGAGCCCUACUAUCCAGUUCCUGCUGAGAAUGAAGGAGACCAUUAUCCUGAAUAUGCUCAAAAACAGGAGCAACAGUUCUUCUCUGCAGUUCCUGCCAAUAAGGAACGAGAUCAACAGCCCAACUAUGGAGCUGCGUCGUCAUCAGUGAGAAGAGAGUUCAUUAAUGACCGCGGUGGUGAUUGUGAGAGUUCAGAAAUCACGUUCCAACAGCUACAACCAAGCCACACCAAUCUUAAUGAUGAAGCAGGAGGAGCAUGUCAAUCCUCCUAUAUGAUUAGACAGACUGAUGGUUUAGUUACUAUAUCCAAUAUGGAUCAUCUCCCUGGGUAUGGAAGUGGUGAGAAUUCAAUAACAUUGGACUUGGACAUUACUGGUAACUUAUAUCUUGUUGGUGCUGAUCAUGUAAAUCAUGAUGGUUUAGAUAUAUCUGUGAAAAUAGUUUGUUUAAUUUUUGUCAGUGCACUAAUUUGGCCUGUAUGCCCAAUAAUAUGGGCAAGACACGGAGAAUCAUCAAGCAGAAGUAAAGCUGAAAAGGAGGGAACCAGAGAUGGUGAAGCUGAAAAGGAGACAACCACAGAUGCUGAUUUAGAAUUAGAGGAAAAGUUGGUUUAG